CUCAUGCCACAUUUGCUCUAAGGUUUUGUCCGGCCUUCACCAAGAUAAGUCCUUAUUUCUCUGGUAAAUUUCCUUGCAGAGCUGGGUUUCGCACAAAGAGACCGUCUGACAUGGAAACCAUAGCCCUCUCGUACCUCCCGCCUUCCCCCGCCAUAAGAGACCGUUUCGCUACUAAGACCUCCAACUCUGCACCGCGCAAUUGUUCUGUAAAAUGCUCCACGCAUCCAUCAUUCGCCGGCCAAUCCUUACAGUUCAAAGAAGCUGCACGAAAUGGGAAUUUGAUUCCACUCUACAGGUCAAUAUUUUCCGAUCACCUGACACCUGUGCUGGCAUACAGGUGUUUGGUGAAGGAAGAUGACAGGGAAGCUCCAAGCUUCUUGUUCGAGUCUGUCGAAAGGGGGAAAGUUACAAGUAUUGGGCGGUACAGUGUUAUUGGUGCUCAACCUACUAUGGAGAUUGUUGCAAGAGAAAACCUUGUGACAGUUAUGGACCACCAUGUGGGGAAAAAGACAGAGACAUUCGAGGAGGAUCCUAUGGUCAUUCCUAGGAGGAUUAUGGAGAAGUGGAAACCACAAUGUCUUGAUGAGCUUCCUGAGGCAUUUACUGGUGGUUGGGUUGGCUACUUCUCCUAUGAUACAGUGCGUUUUGUUGAGAAGAAGAAAUUGCCUUUCUCAAAUGGACCAUUAAAUGACCGGUUCCUUCCCGAUCUUCACAUUGGCCUCUAUGAUGAUGUUGUUGUAUUUGAUCAUGUAGAAAAGAAAGCGUGUGUCAUACACUGGGUGCAAUUAGAUCGCUUUGCUUCAGUUGAUGAAGCAUUUAAUGAUGGCAUGAGCCGUUUAGAAGCUUUGUUGUCGAGAGUGCUCAACAUAGUACCUCCUAGAUUAGCUCCAGGAUCAAUAAAAUUACGUACAAACCUGUUUGGUUCAGCGCUGAAAAUGUCAACCAUGACUAGUGAAGAUUACCAGGAAGCUGUUUUGAAAGCUAAAGAGCACAUCCUGGCGGGGGAUAUUUUCCAGAUAGUUCUCAGUCAAAGGUUUGAAAGGAGAACGUUUGCAGAUCCAUUUGAGAUAUAUAGGGCAUUGAGAGUUGUUAAUCCAAGUCCAUACAUGAGUUAUUUACAGGCUAGGGGGUGUAUACUUGUUGCUUCAAGUCCUGAGAUUCUUACUAGAGUCAAGAAGGGAAAAAUCACCAAUCGGCCACUAGCAGGGACAAUCAGGAGAGGGAAGACACCUAAAGAAGACUACAUGCUGGAAAAUCAACUUCUGCAUGAUAAAAAACAGUGUGCAGAGCACACCAUGCUGGUUGACUUGGGAAGGAAUGACGUGGGAAAGGUUUCUAAAUUUGGGACAGUUGAAGUUGAGAAACUCAUGAACAUCGAACGAUAUUCCCAUGUUAUGCACAUCAGUUCCACGGUCACUGGAGAGCUUCUCGACCGCUUAAGUAGUUGGGAUGCUUUGCGUGCAGCAUUGCCUGUUGGAACAGUUAGUGGAGCCCCAAAGGUAAAGGCCAUGGAACUGAUAGAUGAGCUUGAAGUGACGAGGCGUGGGCCAUACGGUGGUGGAUUCGGAGGGAUUUCUUUUUCAGGUGAUAUGGAUAUAGCCCUUGCUUUGAGAACAAUCGUUUUUCCAACGGGAAUGCAACAGGACCACAUGUACUCCUACAAUGAUGUAAACCGACGGAGAGAGUGGGUCGCUCAUAUUCAAGCUGGAGCAGGCAUAGUUGCUGAUAGCGAUCCCGGGGAUGAGCAGAGAGAGUGCGAAAAUAAGGCUGCAGCCCUUGCCCGUGCUAUCGAACUAGCUGAGUCAUCCUUUAUCGAGUAAAUGUUUGUUUCUGCUACAUCAAUCCUAUCACGUGCACCAAAGAAUGUUUGUUGACGCGAUCAUAUUUCACAAAUGAAUAGUUAGACCUAGAUUUUUUCUGAACACAUUUUCACAUUCAGACCACACUGUAUUAUUUAUGAACUUCGCAGCACAUAUACAUUCUUAUAACGCAACAUUUUAAUAAUACUAAUAAUGUAACACAUAGCAUCACUAUACAAAUUAAGGACCGGUUCUUGGGACUUAAGUUUAUUGGUCGGGAUUCGGGAAGGAACUGACU